AUGUAUUUUAAACAUUAUAAGAAUAAUGUAAAACAUAGUAGUAGUAAAUGGUGCUCUUACAUUAAUUUUUGGUUAAAUAAUAAAAUAAGAAAUGAGGAAGAUGUUUUAGACAACAAUACCUUUCAUUUAUACCAAAAAUUUAUUAACUGCGAUUUUGAAAUAAAAGACAUGACUGAAUGCAAAUCAUCUGAUAUAUAUUAUUAUGAUGAAAAGACGUUUGAUCAAGUAAAAGAAAUAUAUGAUUUAUAUGAUGACUACAUGGAUUUUUAUGCCUUUAAAAAUAAUGAAGACAAUGUCAUAGCUUGUUCUUCUGCCAAGGCGUGCACAGAAAAAUUUAAUAUCAUAAUAAAAACGGGGGAACAUAGAAAUAAUGACCAUUUGUAUAAUGCACUACAAGAUAUUAAACAUCUGUUUGAAAAGAACGGAUUGACAUCUUUUAACAACUACAGCUCUGGGAAUAUUCCUUUUUUUAUUUUUAUGUAUAAGUUUACUCCAAUUGGAUCCUUAAUAAGGCGACGAAUCGGAAGUAAAAAUCGAAACAUUCAUAAUUUUAAUGAAACAUACACAGGAACAUUUCCGGAUUUUUGCAAAGAAUUUGGUAAUAUAAAUUAUGGAAACGACCGAAUAAAUAUAGCUUAUUAUCCAGAGUGA